AUGAAAGUUACAGUGCACGUAACCUCCAUGGCGGAGGCUCUUAAGGCGAUGUAUUCGGAUAGCGCGAACAGGGACAGGUUUGUGGUGAAACCGGCAGCGGUCUACACGUCAGACAAACAACAACGGAUAUACGCGGGGCCCGAGACGGGAGACGGUUGGAUUAAGAUGCAGGAAGAAUGUCUGCGGGGUGGCGUGAUCGCAGCUUGCAUUCUGUACAGCGACGGAACAAACCUGAGCAACGAUGGGCGUGUUACGGGACACCCGGUCUACUUUACGCUCGGCAAUAUCACGCUGAAGAAUCGCUGGCAACCACACGGACAUCGGAUGGUUGCUAUGCUUCUGCCACUUCCAAACGUGGAUUCGCGGACGGACGAAGGGAAGGCACUUCAUCGGGAAGUCUUUCAACUGGCUUUGGAUGUGGUUCUCGAGGAACUCAAAAAGGCAUCUUACGCAGGCAUUGUAACGGAGGACCCCUUUGGGAAGGUGCAAGUGGUGUUUCCCGCGGUAUACGCAUACGUGGCCGAUCACCCCGAAGCGUGCAAGCUGCCGGGGACAUUCGCAAGUCACAAAGCGAAUUUCCCGUGCCACAGGUGUCUGGUAAAACGUGAAGACAUAAGCAACAUGGAGGCGGUGGUGGCAUAUCGCACGGAAGUUGACCAGAAGAAAAAAGUGGCCGAGUUGUUGGAGUUGCCGAGUGGGCCCGAGCGCACAAAGGCGUCAAAAGCAAUCAGCACUCAUCCUAUCAAGGAACGGACAUACCCUCGUCGGCAAUCCAUAUCGGGCCUUACUGGUGGAGGUGAUGCACGCAUUGGACCUUGGGGUCUUCUUGCACAUCGUCUCGUGAUUCGUGCGUAUUACGCACGAGAUCGCGAGUUCCUACAUUCGCUCGACGUCGAGUUGCAGCGGAUUGCUACCGACACUCGAAUCUCGUGCUUCCGAAUUCCAUCUUCUGAAAAGGGCGGUUAUUUUGCGGGUGCUGCACGGUUUCAGGCGUUUGAGCAUCGCGCGGUGAUGCAAGUGAUCACAAUCGUACUCGCCAACUGCAGCGUGCCGAACUCGAUCGUUGGUGCGGUUGCGGCAUUCGUGGAUUGUUACAUGCUUGCAUCCCGGCGUUGGUAUCAUACCACGAAGACGCUGCAAGAACUUGACGAGGCCAUUAAGAGGUUGAUUCCGCUCUUGAAGGAUGUGUUCGCGGGCCUUCAAAAGUCGGAGUUCGACAUCACCAAGGUGCAUUCAUUGGCACACGUGGUGGAGGACAUCAUUCGAUCGGGGGUGCCGAUGCAUUACAGCGCCAACAUGUACGAGUACCUUCAUCAACCACUAGUGAAGCGCGCGUACCGUGCAAGCAACAAGAGGGAUCCAAUCCCUCAAAUUGUGAAGCACGAUAUGCGAAUGCACAUGCUACGCGUGCUUCAAGCAUCGGAGGCACCGAGCGAAGAUGGACCAAAACGGAUGGUGGCACUACAUGAGGCGAUGGAGAGUGGUUGCAACACGCUUGCAGCCACCAGCUUCAGUGUAAGCUGGAAGCAAAGCCUUGCGGAUGGGUGUGACAAGUGGAAAGCGCAUGCUUUGGCCGCGCCAGGUGACAUGACCAAGCUCAAAGGGUUGUUGGAAGGCAAAGCAGAAGAAGGCGAGGUACUGAAUAGUACCAUACGUGUGAAGAACGGCAUGGCUAUUCCCGGGGACGAGGACUUCACCAAGUACUCCAGUCAGACACACUAUGUGCGAGCCUGCGCGUCUUUCGGGGACAAACCAUGGUUCAGCGACGUGGCAGUGCUUGGUGAAGAGGAGGUUGCGGCUGCAGGGGGUGAGAUCACAAAGCGCAAGGUGAUCUUGUAUGCGAAGCUGCUGCUGCUUUUUACCAUCGACGUGUACACGCCAGAGACACAGGCGUUUACCAAGCGCGCGUACGCCUUUGUACGCUAUUUCAGAGCCACUGGAGCGGUAGCCGAGCUUCUCCUCAAUCAACUCCAUUUUUACUUCAUUGCUCGAGUUGUUCCCACAUCAGAUCGUGAUGUUCACCACCCCGAGGCCAACUCCUAUAACCACAUCGACGCAGCCAUACGCGGCGAACCGAAAGAACUUAAAACGCUUAUGCAGCGUAUUGAAACCCGUCUUCGCGUUUCGGAUGAGAUCCAGCAGACUCUAGCUACGACUGUCAAGAAUCUUCUUGAGAUUGUGCACCAACCGAGCUGGUGCAACGAGAGAACCAUGGAGGAUGCUUGCAAGAAAGCCUGUGAUGAUUUGCUCAAGGGCUCGGACGUCUCCGCGCGUGUCAUUUACCCCGACGAAGAACAAUUCAAGGCGGCCGUCGUGGUGCACCUCGCUCUGGAGCCUGAAGACUUCGGGAAAUUCAACGACUUUUGGAAGAACGGCGAGUGGCCGAAGAAGUGCACCGAUAUUUGCAACGGCCGGCGUGGGAAACUCGGGAACAAGUCUCGGAAGGCAAGUUUCAAGCUGCUGAAGUACCCUGACGGCAAAGAAGUGAAAGACUCCCGUGACGAUCGUCGCGAUUAUGCGCGAUUCUGCGUCUCAGAGGAGUAUGGCUUGCCGUGGCAUGCUGAGGAUGAGAAGCCGUUCUGUAGCGAGGCGUUUUUAGCUGCUGCAAGCAAGUGGCAGAAGAAAGAGGGGGGUGUCUUCUCCCUGAGCAUCGAUCAGCUUUGCUACACAAUGGUCGCGGUAGAGUUCGAGAUGCUACCUCGUGAUCGAAGCAGCAUGUUUUCCGACUCCGAGAACAACACCCGCGAGAUGAACAAGAGGAAGGCUCAGGUUGACAGCUGGAUCCGUCGCGCAAGCAUCCCAUUAGUAAGCGGGUUUUACUAUUUUGGGGAUGUUAUUGUCAAAGAUUAG